CAACGGCGGCCCUUGUGCCUCAUGCUCCACCACCACCUCACAAAGCAUAAAACUCGCGUCAGUAUCCCGCAACCGCCGCAUCGCCUACCACGUCAACCCAUCGACACAUCGACACGCAAAGCACAAGCCUCGCACACACAUACAUACAGAGGCUCCAACCACAACGCACGCCGUCGUUUCUUGCUUCUUUUUUGAAUCCUUUCACAGCAACAAAUCUAAUCCAACCUAAUCGACAGGUGUGAAGCUACACCACCACACAAGAUCCCAACAUGACUUCACGCAUGGAGUUCACAGACCGGGGCAAGCAGGCCCUGGAAGACGCCAUGACUCUCGCCGAACAAUACGCCCACUCACAACUCCUCCCAGUCCACCUCGCCGUUUCCCUCCUCGACCCCCCGCCGGACCAGUCCAAGGACCAGCAGAACGCUCCCCCGGGGGCUCACAGCAGUCUUUUCAAGCAAGUUGUCGAGAGAGCCCACGGUGACCCGCAAUUGCUCGACCGCGCCUUGAAGAAGAACCUGGUGCGGCUGCCCAGCCAGGACCCUCCGCCCGAGAAUGUCACAAUGUCACCUUCAUUCAGUGCCGUUCUCAAGAAGGCCAACGAGCUGCAAAAGACACAAAAGGAUACCUACAUUGCUGUCGACCACCUCAUCACCGCGCUGGCAGAGGACACCUCCAUCGCCAAUGCCCUCAAGGAGGCCAACAUCCCCAAACCGAAGUUGGUCUCUGAUGCCGUACAAUCCAUUCGCGGCACGAAGCGGGUCGACUCCAAAACGGCAGACACCGAGGAGGAGCACGAGAAUCUCGCCAAGUUCACGAUCGACAUGACCUCGAUGGCCAGGGAAGGCAAGAUCGACCCAGUCAUCGGUCGUGAGGAGGAGAUUCGGCGUGUGGUUCGCAUCCUCUCAAGGCGAACCAAGAACAACCCGGUGCUCAUUGGUGAGCCCGGUGUCGGAAAAACCACCGUCGUCGAGGGUCUGGCCCAGCGCAUCGUCAACGCUGAUGUUCCAGAUAACCUCGCCGCUUGCAAGCUGCUGUCCCUCGAUGUGGGAGCCCUCGUAGCUGGCAGUAAGUAUCGUGGUGAAUUCGAAGAGAGAAUGAAGGGAGUUUUGAAGGAGAUCACCGAGUCCAAGGAAAUGAUCGUACUCUUUGUCGACGAAAUCCACCUGCUCAUGGGCGCUGGCGCUUCUGGAGAAGGUGGCAUGGACGCCGCCAAUCUCCUCAAGCCUAUGCUUGCGCGUGGUCAGCUGCACUGCAUUGGUGCGACCACCCUCGCCGAGUACCGCAAGUACAUUGAGAAGGAUGCCGCGUUCGAGCGACGCUUCCAGCAGGUCAUCGUCAAGGAGCCCAGCAUUCCCGAGACCAUUUCCAUCCUUCGUGGUCUCAAGGAGAAGUACGAGGUGCACCAUGGUGUGACCAUUGCUGAUAGCGCCAUUGUCGCCUCUGCGAACCUUGCCGGUCGCUACCUCACUUCCAGACGCCUGCCAGACUCGGCAGUCGACUUGAUCGAUGAGGCGGCCGCUGCCGUCCGGGUGGCUCGUGAAUCUCAGCCAGAAAUCAUUGACUCCCUUGAGCGCAGGCUGCGACAACUACGCAUCGAGAUUCACGCACUUUCCCGCGAGAAGGAUGAGGCCUCAAAGGCUCGCCUAGAGAUGGCCAAGAGAGAUGCCGAGAAUGUCGAGGAAGAGCUGCGGCCAUUGAGAGAAAAGUACGAGAGCGAGCGACAGAGAGGCAAGGACAUCCAAGAGGCGAAGAUGAAGCUUGAUCAACUUAAAGUCAAGAUGGAGGACGCGGAACGCAUGCGCGACCACGCUCUUGCGGCCGAUCUCCAAUACUACGCCAUUCCUGAGCAGCAAGCCCGGAUCAAAGAGCUCGAACACAAGAAGGCCAUGGCGGAUGCCGAGCUUCACCACAGCGAGACAAGCGGCGCCAUGGUGACUGACGUUGUCGGCCCCGAUCAGAUCAAUGAGAUAGUGUCUCGCUGGACUGGCAUUCCUGUCACUCGCCUCAAGACAUCUGAGAAGGAGAAGCUCAUCUACAUGGAGAAGGCACUCGGAAAGGCUGUCGUGGGUCAGAAAGAGGCCGUCACGGCCGUGUCCAACGCCAUUAGACUCCAGCGGUCCGGAUUGAGCAACCCAAACCAGCCGCCGAGUUUCCUGUUCUGUGGUCCUUCUGGUACAGGAAAGACUCUGCUCACAAAGGCUCUGGCCGAGUUCCUGUUCGACGACCCCAAGGCCAUGAUUCGCUUCGACAUGUCCGAAUAUCAGGAACGGCACUCGUUGAGCCGGAUGAUUGGUGCUCCUCCAGGCUACGUCGGCCAUGAUGCCGGUGGUCAGCUCACAGAAGCCCUUCGUCGCAAGCCGUUCUCCAUCCUGCUGUUUGACGAAGUCGAAAAGGCUGCCAAGGAGAUUCUGACGGUCCUCCUCCAGCUCAUGGACGACGGCCGCAUCACGGACGGACAAGGUCGUGUGAUUGAUGCCAAAAACUGCAUCGUUGUCAUGACCUCCAACCUUGGCGCCGAGUACCUGGCCCGCCCCGCAGGGCGUGAUGGCAAGAUCGAUGCUACCACUCGCGAACUUGUCAACACCGCUCUGCGCAACUACUUCUUGCCCGAGUUCCUCAACCGUAUCAACUCAAUCGUCAUCUUCAACCGUCUCACGCGCCGUGAGAUUCGCAGGAUUGUGGAUCUCAGACUCAGCGAGAUCCAGAAGCGGUUGGCGGACAAUGAUCGCAAUGUCAUCAUCGAUGUGAGCGACGAAGCCAAGGACUACUUGGGCAAUGCCGGAUACUCACCAGCAUAUGGUGCUCGGCCACUGCAACGACUUAUUGAGAAGGAGGUGCUUAACCGCCUGGCCGUUCUCAUCCUGCGCGGAGGUGUACGGGACGGCGAGCGGGCACGUGUUGUUCUGCGCAACAACAAAAUCACAGUUGAGAACAACCAUCCCGACAGCGAAGCGGAUGAUGAGGAGGAUAUGAUGCUUGACGAGGAAGACGCAGUGGAGGAAAUUGCGCCUGAGGAUAUGGACGAAGACAUCUACGACUGAAAUGCCUCGACGGGGUUAUUAUGAAAGACGUGUGACGACUGACGAAUGAAUUUGGAUCACUGCAUGUAAAUAUUUAGCGAUUGUAUUGAUCAAAUUAAAUGAGACUAAGAGUUUCAUGCUUGA